UUACAGCCGUUCACAAGGUUUGUGGAAACUGGCCGCAUCGCCAAGUGCGCUGUUGGAAAGUACAAGGGACGCCUUGUAUGCAUUGUCAAUGUGAUUGACCAAAAUCGGGUACUGAUCGAUGGCCCUACUAGUGGUGUUCCCCGGCAACAGUACUCGGUGAAUCAUCUGCACCUGACGAAGUUCCGCGUCCGCUUCCCGUACACCGCCAAGACCCGUCUUGUGCGUGUUGCGCUCGAGAAGUUCGACAUCAAGAAGAAGUUCGGAGAAACCAGAUGGCACGAACGCUCCGUCGCUAAGGCCAAGCGCUUCCAUAUGAACGAUUUCGAUCGUUUCAAGUUGCGUCUGGCCCGCCGCGAACGUAACCGUAUCGUGGGUGCGGAGUACAAGAAGAUGAAGAAGGUGGUCGUCAGUAAUGGCAUGCUGUUCGGUAAGCCAAGGAAGGGAACAAAGCCGCUACCUCCGAAGCCGAAAAACAAUCCCGACAAGCCUCAUCUGAAGAAGAAGAAGCGCCUGGCGAAGAAGAAGCCAGCAGCUCCGGCCAAGAAGAAGUGAGCGGUGGGAUAAUUUUCGUCGAAGGGUGUGUAUUUUUCCGCCAGCUUUCCUCCUCGGUGGGAAGUUUAUAAUAAUUAAAGCCGUUCAGACAACAAAAAAUAUAAUCAAGUCGUAUCACAUUCAAUUGAA